GGGAGUUUGAACUCUGAAUCCAAGGCAGGCAGGGGCCUGGGUGUUAAGACCCUCUACUAAGCUUCCUGCCCCUCUGAGGGCUGAAGUUUUCCCUGGGCCUGUGGAAGAUGGGUGGGGCCUCUCAAGCUGAGCUCCAGUUUCCGUGGAAACCCACAGGCUUCCCACCCACUGCUGCCUGGGCAGGCUCCCAGCUGGGGCCUCAUGCUCUGCCAGCCUCUCCUCCCCAGUCCAGUCUGCUCCACCCUCAGCCUGUCUUGGCCCCUUCCCUGACUCUCCAUCCCCAAGCCCAGCCUCUGGCCUCUUCCAUUAGGCUCUAAUGCCUUCUUAAGGAACCUGGGCCUCUCCUGCCCCAUCCCUAAACUUCAGCUUCUCAGCAAACAGGCUUCCCAAGCUCCUGCCCCUCCCUCUCAGGCCUUUCUAGCCUCCUUACCAGCUCCCAGGCCUAGCCAGGCCUCCUGCUCCUGCCCACCUAUCACCUCCCACAGACCAACAGACAACAGGUCUCCUAGGCUAUUCUGUCCUCUUGCUCCCCUGCCCCACCCCACCCAUGGAGACCCCAGGACUGGUUGUGCACGGGGAGGCUGCACCCUUUUCCACAGCACUCCGAAGCCUUCUCAACAAUCCCCAAUACAGUGAUGUUUGCUUUGUGGUCGGUCAAGAACGGCAGGAGGUGUUUGCCCACCGGUGCUUGUUGGCCUGUAGAUGCAACUUCUUCCAACGACUUCUGGGUCCGAAGCUGGGCUCUGGCAUGCCUAGCCCCGUGGUGCUAAGCACUGUGCCAGCUGAGGCCUUCCUGGCAGUGCUGGAGUUCCUGUACACCAACAGCGUCAGGCUGCACCGCCACUCUGUGCUGGAGGUGCUGACCGCGGCUAUAGAAUAUGGGCUGGAGGAACUGCGAGAGCUGUGCCUGGAGUUUGUGGUGAAGGUGCUGGAUGUGGAACUGGUUUGUGAGGCCUUGCAGGUUGCUGUAACCUUUGGCCUGGGACCGCUGCAGGAGCGUUGCAUAGCCUUCAUAGAGGCCCACAGCCAGGAGGCGCUCCGGACCCGCGGGUUCCUGGAGCUGUCGGCGCCAGCCUUGCUGUCCUUGUUGCGCAGCGACAAGCUCCGCGUGGACGAGGCUGAGCUCGUUCUGGCGGCCAGGAGCUGGGCACGCGUGGGUGCGGCUGUGCUGGAGCGGCCGGUGGCCGAGGUGGCGGCCCCGGUGGUGCGGGAGCUGAGACUGGCUUUGCUGGCCCCGGCGGAGCUGAGUGCCCUGGAAGAGCAGAACCAGCGGGAGCCGCUCAUCCCGGUGCGGACGCGGGGAACCAAGCUCAGAUCCGCUCAGCAGCGUGGGGGAAAAGCGCGAGGGUGGGGUUGGGGGGCUCGGCCCAGGGUCUGCCGGGUGAGUGAGUAUUGCAGGACUGCCGUGACCGGCCUUCCCCUGCAGGUGGAGCAGAUCGUAGAGGCGUGGAAAUGCCACGCUCUGCGAAGAGGGGAUGCGGCCCGGGGCGCCCCGUGCCGCCGCCGGAGGGGAACCCUGCCCCGGGAGCAUCACUGCUUUCUGGACCUGCCCUUUAAGUGACGAAAGGCCGCGGUUUGCAAGGAAUUCUGGGCCUGUCCCAAGCUACAACUCCCGACGUGCCUAGUGCUCGGAGCCGACUUCCGCCCCCAGCAUGCCCUGCGAGCCGGACGCUGGAAGGGCGACUGUUGCCCGGCUCUGCGCCCUGUGGGUGGGGCUCUGUGGGUGGGGAGUGGGUGUGGGCUUGGGCGGGGCCCAAAAGCGAUUUCCCUUACACUUUACCCUGACUCUACCCUGGCCCUCUGGCCGCGCAGGCCUGCCACGUUUACUUUUAUAAUCCCCACGUUUUUCGGCUCAACUCCCUCUUUAAUUCCAGAGCUACCUCCUAGAGAGCGCUCUCUAAAUGCCCCACAGACACCUCAGACUCAAUCCAAAAUUGGGCUGCCUCAUCUUUCCCCAGUUCUGCCCCCAUCGUGUUUCUCAUCUCUGUGAGUGUCUAAGCCAGAAACCUGCAUCUUUGCCUUGUUCUUCAUCCUCACAUCUGCCUCCCGUAACUUCUGCCUUCUAAGACACUGAAGGGUAGUAAAAUGUGCCAAUCCAAAAUACGCCUCUUUGAGCUAAGGAUUAUUUUAAGCUGAUUAUUUUGAGAAAAAGUGGAAGCUCUGGAAACAGAAUAGAAUUUACCCUUUUGUAAGGGAAAUUUAUAAUUAAAAAGGGAAUCUCCAUUAGUAAGGGCAUCUCCUCCGUACCAGGAAAAGAAGGAUGAUCAACUCACAAGAUUUUAGUGGAGAAGGCACCCACUGAAAUCUGCUUAACAAGCCUUACCUUAUGUACUGUGUUUUUCCUGGUAGCAUUCUCCUAACUGUCCUCCCUACACUUUUCUUUCAUCCUUAACUGAAGAUGGUCUUUCAGCAGGUAUGUUAGACCACCUCAGGGAGUUACUCAUUUUUCCCUGGGUAUCUCCCAUGUACACAAGAGGUAUACAUAUUAAUAAACUUGUUUUUCUUUUGUUAA